GCAGCUCCCGACUCUCCGACCGACCACUACCCAGCAGAGCACAGCAGAGAGCAGUCAGCCCGUCGUGUCUCUACCCGAGGCCGGAUGGUAAAAUCCAACCUCCAGCGGAUCCUAAACAGUCAUUGCUUUGCUCGCGAGAAAGAAGGAAAACAGCAGUCUUAUACUACCAUGGCGGACUUGAGUAGCGGUAUCUGUGACAUGAUUGGGAAUUUGUCCCUGCACUGUAGUAGUACCCGUGGCCCAGGGCCUCUGUGGUGCUCCUAUUUGUGUUCCCAGGACCGAAAGUUGACUGUAACGGAGGAGCCAGCAGGGAACGGUCGUCCCAGGAUACUCCACUUCCAAAGUCGUCCCACCGUCACCAAGACGAUACAGUGGGAUGCUGUCCUAAGCAGCAGCGCACUCUACGUGGAGAUACCUCUUGACCCUCUUCCCGAAGGCAGCAAGGAGAGUUUUGCGGCUCUCUUGGAGUAUGCUGAAGAACAUCUGAAAGUCGUUAGCGUGUUUGUCUGCUUUUACAAGAACCGAGAUGAUCGUGCUAAACUGGUGCGUACGUUCAGUUUCCUGGGCUUUGAGAUUGUGAAACCGGGCCAUGCCCUCGUCCCGCCCCGACCCGAUGUUUUCUUCAUGGCCUACAACUUUGACAGGGACUCCUCGGACGAGGAGUAGCCCUCUGGACAGCCCUUCCACCCCCCGCUUACUUCCCCUUUUCUUCCCAUUGUAUGUUUGUCCAUCCCGUCCCAGUUCAGUCAUACAGCCCACCAACCCUCGGUGGUAGCAAGCAUUCAUCUCCCCAUGCUUUUUGUGUUCAAGGGAAUAUGUAAGAUGUGCAUCUCCUGUUUCCACAGUCUAUCUCUGUGUGGUUUUAUCAUACUGUUUCAUUGAAGAUUAAUCGGCGUUGUCAUCUGAAGAGGAGGGAACCUUUGUUUUUUGGACUUCAUAUUGCAGUUGUCAUCGCUAUAAGUUAAGUUUUGGUAUAAUUUUAAUUUCUCGUCAAAUCUUUGUUUUUAUUGAUAUUCCUUUUAUGAUAGAUUAAGGUGGGGGAUUCUUCAUUUCUUGAAUGUACAACAAAAAGGUCAUCAGGUUUACACUCGGGUACUCCAGCUUUGUUUUGAUUGGCUAAAUAAUGACUUUAAAUUUGUCCCAUAUUUUAUUUCUGUCUCAAUUGAAUUAUAAAUGCAUUUCAGCGGGACCAGAUUUAUUUUGUAGCACUAAUAUCCUCUUAAAAGUAUUAGGAUUUACUUUUGAGCGACAGCCCCAAUAAUUGGUACUUCAUAGCUGCAUAGUGAAUCUAGACUAGAGGUGGAGUGAAAAUAUGAAUGCUGUUGCAUGUGUCUGAUGUAGGCGCUUCAGUUUCAAGUUAAAGAUCCUACAAUGAGUGAAUUGGUACAAAGUGAAAGGAAAGUGAAUAAUCCAAAGUGCUUUUGCUUAUUUCUGCCAUGUAUAUCUGACUAUAUUAGGUUAAAAAAAAUGCUGUGAUGUUAUGAUUGAAUUUUUUUUUUUCCAUUUUGAUUAGCAUUACUUUUAACUUUUUUUCAUGAUAGUAUUGAGUUUGUUGUUCACCUGCAUAGUGGUACCUGUUGUGCUUCUGUGAUAAUAAAACAAACAAACAAAACAU